CCUAUACUUCGCGUUUUCCGUUAUUCAUAUCCGGGUCAUUGAUUGGCUUAGGUUAGUUGACCAAUGAGAAGCUGCGUUUUAAGACCCGUCAGUGAGCGACGGUAAACUUUCCAAAAUGGUGCUCGAGAGUACUAUGGUCUGUGUGGACAACAGUGAAUAUAUGCGGAAUGGGGACUUCCUGCCUACAAGACUACAGGCCCAGCAGGAUGCCGUCAACAUCGUAUGUCACUCCAAGACUCGAAGCAACCCCGAGAACAACGUGGGCCUCAUCACAAUGGCAAAUAACUGUGAGGUGCUAACCACCCUCACCCCGGACACGGGUCGGAUCCUCUCCAAGCUGCAUGCGGUUCAGCCCCGGGGCAAGAUCUGCUUCUGCACCGGCAUCAGAGUGGCACAUCUGGCCCUGAAGCACAGACAGGGUAAAAAUCACAAGAUGCGCAUCAUCGCCUUCGUGGGUAGUCCUGUCGAGGACAACGAGAAGGACCUGGUCAAAAUGGCGAAACGGUUGAAGAAAGAGAAGGUCAAUGUGGAUGUGAUCAACUUUGGAGAGGAGGAGGUGAACACAGAGAAGCUGACGGCCUUCAUCAACACCCUGAACGGGAAGGAGGGCACAGGCUCCCACCUGGUGACCGUGCCCCCGGGCCCCAGCCUGGCCGACGCCCUGCUGUCCUCCCCCAUCCUGGCCGGGGAGGGGGGCUCCAUGCUGGGCCUGGGGGCCAGCGACUUCGAGUUCGGGGUGGACCCCAGCGCCGACCCGGAGCUUGCGCUGGCGCUGCGCGUCUCCAUGGAGGAGCAGAGGCAGCGGCAGGAGGAGGAGGCGCGCAGGGUGGCCGCUGCGUCCGCCGCGGAGGCCGGGAUCCCCACCCCUACAGGAGACGAGUCGGAGGACGCCCUGCUGAAGAUGUCCGUGUCACAGCCGGAGACGGGCACCUCCGUGCUGCCUGACUUCAGCAGCAUGACCGAGGACGAGCAGAUCGCCUACGCCAUGCAGAUGUCCCUGCAGGGGGCCGGCGGAGAGUUUGCCGAAUCUAUACCGAUGGACACAGGAGCAGCCAUGGACACUGCCGAGUCUGCCAAGGAGGAAGACGACUACGACGUCAUGCAGGACCCCGAGUUCCUGCAGAGCGUGCUGGAGAGCCUGCCGGGCGUGGACCCCAACAACGAGGCCAUCCGCAACGCCAUGGGCUCCCUGGCCUCCCAGACCGGCGCCAAGCCCCCCGAGGGGAAGAAGGACGAGGAGAAGAAGAAGUGAGCCCUCUGGAGGACCGAGAGAACGCCAGGCAGACCGCACCGAGGGAUCUCAGAGACGGAACAGAAGGACGGACUGACGUAGACUAACUGCCAUUUCACGUGCGACACAGAACGAUGUGCAUCGGAAAGACCUGACUCGUUUCUAGGUGGACUUAAUCCUCGACUAAUGACGGUCUUAGUUUGUUUUUUUUGGACGGUUGGACAAGCAAUGUGGCACACAGACUUUCAGGAAUCUACCGAGACAGUGAUGAAUACACGUGCGCACACACACACACGCACACACACACACACACACACACACACACACACACACACACACACACACACACACGACUUGACUGAGUGGUACACCUCUAACAGUAUGUAGAAAGGUUCUGAAAGCUGUAUACUAAAUAGCUAUCCUCUCUCCUCAUCUUUGGCUUGGUUUUCUUUUUUGUAUUGCGAUUAAAAACAAGCGGGCAAAGGUCGGUAUGCAUGUCUUUUUCAAUUCCCACCACCACGUCCCUGCUGUUUCUCAGCCUGUUGCUAUUUUAAAGGCCUUUGUAUAAAAAAUAAAUAAAAAUAAAAUAGAAGACUGUAUUAAAUGAAAUAUGUAACAUUCA